GACUGUUGCUUUUGUUUCCAUCAACAUUUCACAUUUUUACAUAUUAUGUUUUCUAUAUUUUGUAGGUUUUUAUCAUUUUAAAAGUAAUCUAAAUUAGUAAGUAAUUUUAGAUUUUUAUGUAUAGUCUUAGUGUGAUAUUGCACUCGGUGUGAACUGCAGUUAAUGGUUGUUGUAUGGCAGGGUGGUGCUGAUGAAUCCUCAGAAGGAGAUCCUGGCCUCGCGGCUAUUCUUCAUAGUAACAAACAGAAACAUGUCGGAAAAUAGGGCGCUUAUUGUAGAAAAUUUGAACCCGAAAAUCAUAAAGCUGCAGUACGCCGUGCGAGGACCUCUGGUUAUCCGAGCCGGUGCUAUUAAAAAGGAGCUGGAAAAGGGAGCAAAAAAGCCUUUCAAGCGAGUCAUCCUUGCAAACGUGGGAGAUGCGCAAGCCAUGUAUCAGCGACCUCUCACUUUCAUUCGACAGGUGGUUUCCUGCAUAACUUAUCCCAAGCUACUAAAGUCUGACAUGUACCCGCCGGACGUGAAAAAGAGAGCACAAGAUAUACUAGACAAUUGCAGUGGCAACUCAGUGGGCGCGUAUACUAUGUCGUUAGGCAUAGAGAUGAUACGGCGCCACGUGGCGGAGUAUAUCGAGUGCCGUGACGGGCACAAGGCGAGAUGGCAGGACAUCAGCCUCACUGCGGGCGCUACCACGGGCAUCAAGACCUGCCUGGAACUAUUUUGCAACAAGGUCGACGGCAAGCCCUCCGGCAUUAUGUUGCCGGUCCCUCAGUACCCCCUAUACUCGGCCACGGUCGCGGAGUACGGCCUAGGUCACAUCCGUUACUACCUGGAUGAGGGCAACAACUGGGCGCUCGAAAUGUCUGAGCUGGAACGCGCCUAUGAGGAGGGCAGUAAGACACACUGUGUGCGCGCUAUAGUCGUCAUCAACCCCGGGAACCCCACCGGACAGGUUCUGAAACGUUCUAACAUCGAGGACAUAAUAAAGUUUGCGCAUAAAAAACGUUUGUUUAUAUUUGCGGACGAAGUGUACCAGGCCAAUGUGUACGACAAGGACAGCAAGUUCUUCUCCUUCAAGAAGGUGCUGUCGGAAUUGGGUCCGCCAUACAACACGGUGGAGCUGGUAUCGUUCAUGUCAAUCAGUAAAGGAUACACGGGAGAAUGCGGGCUGCGUGGGGGCUGGAUGGAGCUGUGCAACAUGGACCCCGGCGUGCAGGGACAUCUCUACAAGACCCUCUCCGCCAUGCUCUGCCCCGCCACUGUAGGGCAGGCCGCCGUCGACUGCGUCGCGAGAACCCCUAUUUCUGGUGAGCCGUCGUACGAACUAUGGCUCAAGGAGAAGAAUGCUGUUCUAAACUCGCUGAAAGACCGAGCCGAAAUGAUAGUCAAAGCCUUUAACAAAAUGGAGGGCUUCAAGUGUAACGUAGUACAGGGUGCAAUGUACGCUUUCCCGCGCAUCGAACUACCGGCCAAAGCGAUAGAGGCUGCUAAGGCGGAAAAGAAAGCACCCGACGUGUUCUAUGCGUUCAAACUCUUGGAGGAGACUGGUAUCUGCGUAAUCCCUGGCACCGGUUUCGGCCAGUGUCCCGGAUCGUACCACUUCCGCACCACCAUCCUGCCACAACCAAAAAUCCUCCAGGAGAUGCUGGACAUCUUUCAGAGUUUUCAUCAAAAGUUCACCAAGGAGUACCAAUAA